AUGGCAGAGCCCUUGUGGCCGCGAAGUCGAGAGCCUGAUGAAAGCGUCGCAGCCUUCACGUCACGGCGUGCCUCCCGUUCCCUGGCUCUGCGCCUGGCAGAUCCCAUCUGCCGGGGCCAACUCGCAGGGAAGGCCGAGGACCUCUCUGUGAGGACCUGCUUUCCCCGGCUCUGGCACAAUGAGCAACGCUUCGGAUCCGUGUUCGUUGGGGCAGGGGGCUCAGAGACCCAGUCAACUGACGGAAACCUACAUGCCACUUGUUUAAUCUUUCGAAGAAGCACUUGGAGAACUUCUCCGCCGAGGCAGCGCUUGGAGCGGUCGUCGCCUAUCGACAGCGCAGCUGGAUGGCCCUCGAUUUGCUGGUGCGCCCCGCUACACCACGCUGCUCCGCAAAGCACAGUCUUUCCACGUCUUUCCUACCAGCAGCUUGAAGCACCUCGCCAUUCUCUGAGCCUCCAACCUGCACACGGAAAGUCCAUGCCUGCACCUCAGCCAAUGGCUCAGAGCUGGUCUGACGCACACGGCCUGGAAAUGCACGUGUGA